AUGAAUAAUCCAGAAAAUCAAAUCAAAUCAGAGGAAAUUACCUCUCCAAUAUUCUCCAUGGUGUCAAAAUUACCAAAUUCUGAUUCGAUUAACAACGGUAAUGGCACUAGCAUUGCAAAUUCAAGAUUCCCUACCAUCACCACCACGGUUUCACAACCAAAUAAUAGUAAUGAUUUGGUGAAAACUAAAUCAAUCAUUAACACCACUGGAACUUCAGGUGCAGUGGUUUCAAAUAGUCCAGAAGUUGGCUUGAAAAGAGUACCGACUGUCACAUUUUGUGAUGCUAAACCAAAUGCUGUGAAAUCAGAUCUUGGGAACGAAAUCUCUAUUCUCACAGGUGAAGAAAAAUACUCUAUAGAUGGUGGUCUCACUUCAAAACCAUUCAUAAACUCUAUUAACGUCCCUACUCCAAGUCAUAUCAAUCAGUCGGUCUCUCCUUUGAAUAUUGCUGCUGUAGCUACCUCCAUAAAACAAGAAAGAAAGGGUGCUACUUUUGAUUUACGUUCCGAUCCUUCACUAACUGCUGUUAAUAUACCCAAAAGUAUAAUAAAGAAAAAUGAUGAAAAGUCAACUUCUGUUUCUCCUUCGUUUUCAGAUGAUUCUUUAUCAAGUUCAAGUUCAAAUCCAAAUCUAGUGAGGGCACAUUCCCCUAUAGUAAUUCAAACUGAGAAUUUGGCUAAAUCUGAAGAGUCAAUUUUAACAGAAAAACUAGACAAUCUUCCUCUACAACAGAAACAGCAACAGCAAAUUUCUAGACCAAAUAUCGCCAAAAGAGAAAAUGCCAAAAAUAUAGAUCCUAGAUUGCCACAAGAUGACGGUAAACUGCAUGUGUUGCUAGGUGCUACAGGUGCAUUGGGUGUUUUCAAAAUUAAAUUGAUAAUUAAAAAAUUAGAAGAAAUCUACGGUAGAGAUAAGAUUAGUAUUCAAGUGGUACUUACUGAUUCAGCAGCAAGAUUUUUCACAAAAAAAUAUACAAAGAAACUAAAAUCUGGAAGUAUUACAUCAAAAACCAAUCCUCUCGAUAUCCAAAGGGAUACCCAAAACCAAGUUUACAAUAGUAACAAUGCAAUAAAUGAUUCUAGCGUCCUAUCUAAAACAACAUCAAACGAUGUGUCGUCAAUAUUGAAGAAUAAAAAUUUACCAGCUAUUAAUACAACUACUAAUGGGCAUGUUUCCACAACCAGUCCACCUCCUUUAUCAGCACAGGCGGAGUUACCACCUCACAUUCAAGUAUGGACUGAUCAAGAUGAAUGGAAAGCUUGGGAACAACGUACAGACCCUGUUAUUCAUAUUGAAUUACGCCGUUGGGCUGAUGUAAUGGUUGUAGCUCCUUUAACCGCUAAUACGCUAUCUAAAAUUGCAUUAGGUUUAUGUGACAACUUACUUACAAGUGUUUUGAGAGCUUGGAACCCAAUGUAUCCUAUUCUUUUGGGCCCUUCCAUGAUUAGCAGUACUUAUAAUUGUUACUCUACAAAGAAACAUUUGAAGACUAUCAAAGAAGAAAUGCCUUGGAUGACUGUUGUAAAACCUUCUGAAAAAGUUAUGGAUAUAAAUGGUGAUAUAGGCCUUGGUGGUAUGAUGGAUUGGAAUGAGCUAGUGGAUAAGAUUGUGAUGAAAUUAGGUGGUUAUCCUAACGUUGAAUCCGAACAAGAAGAUGAGGAGGAAGAUGAGGAUGAUGAAGAUGAAGAUGUUAAUGGCAAUGUUUUGAAAAGCAGACAUGCCUCUGAUGAUGAAGAUGAUAACGACGACGACGACGAUGACGAUGACGAUGACGAUGACGAUGACGAUGACGAUGACGAUGACGAUGAUGUGGGAGAAUUAAUUACUGGCUCUGAGAAUAUGAAUAUAAAUCAGGCUAGCACUUAA